CAAAUCAGAAAGCAGUUGCACCACGGAGAUACAUAUACACAUAACAACAUAACUCCAACUAACAACUAAAUAUUUACACACAUGCCCCUAGUGUAGGUGUAAAUCAUUAAAUGUCACAGAACUCACUAAUGGUAAAACAGCAGUUUUUCUGCAACACAGCCUCAUUUUUUUAUUAAUUGCUGCCAUUUCACAACACAGUAAUUCAGUAGAGACCUGAUUAAUUGAUUUGAUAUUUCAAUAUCUAUUCAGCUUGCCACAAUCUGUUACGACUCCAAAUGGUACAGUGCAGUUCAUCUGAUCAGCUGAGAUGAGCAGCUCCACCCUCUGCAGCAGGAACCGGCUGCUCCGAUAACGUCGGUGCAACUUUCAAAAUAGAUGUUAUUUGGAUAAACUGACCACAUAUUAGGAGUUACAGUGACUCGCUAUCGCCCCUCAGUACAAAGUGGUAUUACGAGACAGUACGGGCCGGAUGGGGCCAGGGCUAGCUGGAAGAGAGAAACUCAUGAGGCAUUCCAGCAUGAAGGGGAGAACAGGUCUGCUCUUCAGCCUCAUCAUAGCAGCGUAUUUCUGUGGCAUUGCUGCUCAGACAACUGAGUGUGAAAAUGCCAACAUGGCUGACAUCGUCUUCCUGGUCGAUGGCUCCUCCAGCAUAUCCCCCGCAGACUUUCGGAAGAUCCAGAAUUUCCUACACAACAUCGUCAGGACCCUCAACAUCGGCGACAACAAAGUUCGAGUCGGCUUGGCGCAGUAUAGUGAUGAUCCUUUCCAGGAGUUCCUGCUGAAGGAUCACAAGGACAAGAGGUCCCUGCUGGCUGCACUGGACAGAUUAUCUCACCGACGAGGAGGCACGAAAACAGGCAAGGCCAUCGAAUUCCUCCAGGAGCAGUACUUCAACAACGUUACUGGCAGCCGAGCCAAUGAACGGGUGCCUCAGAUCGCUGUGGUCAUCACAGAUGGGGAAUCCACGGAUGAUGUGAAAGUGCCCGCCCAGAACCUGAGGAAGCACGGAGUCAUUGUGUUUGGUAUCGGGGUGGGACAAACAAACCGCAAACAGCUAGAGUCCAUCGUUAACUGGCCCCCAAGUCGCUUCCUCCUCACCAUCGAUAGCUAUGAGGCUCUGCAGAGGGAGAUGGGGCGUCUGCUGCAAACUGUUUGUGUCACCAUGGAGGAACAGAGGCAAGCUUUGGCGGAAAGGUUUGCAGAUAUUUUCUUCUUGGUGGACAGUGGCAUAGCUCAAGGACAAUUCUCCCAGUUCAAGACAGAACUUAACAAAUUGAUCAAUCAACUUAACGUUAGAGCCUCCACCUACCGUAUCGGGUUGGCCCAGUACGGUCAAGAUACCAAAGUUGAAUUCCUUCUCAAUGCUUUUCAAACCAAACAGGAGACCCUGGCUGGUGUCAAGCGUUUCCGACUGCACCCUCCACAACCCAACGAACCGCGUUACCUGGGCAAUGCUUUAAAAUACGCCAGAACUAACUUUUUCACCAGUGAGGCGGGGGGCCGUGCUGAGAAAGGCUUCCGACAGUUCCUGGUCGUCGUGAGUGGAAAAGCCUCACGUGAUCGUGUGUCUACAGUGGCUCGUGAGAUCAAAUUAGCAGGGGUUACUGUUAUUGGGAUGAGUGCCGGUGCACCAAUGAAUGAAAUACGCUUGUUGAGUGAUCAGUAUGCGUUUGAUUCUGUCAGAGUAACUCUUCUGAAGGAUCUCUUCAUGACUGAGAAACAGGAGGUCAUUACUAAAGAUUGCAAAAUAGGCAACGCAGCAGAUAUUGUGUUCAUUGUUGAUGAGUCGACAAGAAUCGGAGAAGCCAACUUCCAGCUUGUACGCAAUUUCCUACACUCGAUUGUAAGCAGCCUGGAUAUCGGUAAGAAGAAAGUCCAAGUAGGCAUCGUUACAUACAACGAAAUCUCCACAGCACAGGCCUACCUCAACACUCUCAAUGACAAGACCGAAAUCCUACAGUUCAUCAAGCUGCUGCCUUAUAAUGGUGGUGGAACGAACACUGGAAAGGCCCUAAACUUCACCCGGGAUGAAAUCUUCACUGAGCGAAAAGGCAGCAGGAAGGGCGUCCAGCAGGUGGCGGUGGUGAUCACAGACGGUGAAUCCCAGGACGAUGUGGGCAAUGCCGCAAUCAUUCUCCGUCGGACUGGGGUCACAGUUUUCGCUGUAGGAAUUGGAGAUGCCAAAGAGAAGGAACUGAACGAGAUGGCUACUCACCCCUCUCACGAGCAUGUUUUUUAUGUGAACAGUUUCACCCAUCUGAAACCCCUGAAGGAGAGACUGCAGGGAAUCCUGUGCAAAAAGAUCAUUGACAAAGAGUUCACAGACAAGAAAAGAAAAGAAAACAUCAAAAAAGCUUGUGUACAAAAGGAUAAAGCGGACUUCUACUUCCUGAUAGACAACUCAGAAAGCAUUAGUGAACCCGACUUCAAUGAUACAAAGAACUUCAUCAUUGAGUUUCUGCAUACCUUAAAUGUGGGGCCACAAAAUAACCGUGUGGGGCUUGUGAAUUUUCCAAAUUUGGAAUUUGACCUGACAAAGCACGCAGAUGCAGAUGCACUGGAGAAAGCUGUGAAGGAUAUUAUUCAUGUAGGAGGUGGGACAAAUACAGGGAGAGCACUGUCUUCAAUGGGUGAGCACUUUAAGAGACACACUCGUGGUCAAGUCCCAAAGUACCUGAUUGUCAUCACUGAUGGAAAAUCCCAGGAUAGAGUCGAGGAUCCUGCAAAAAAACUGAGGGAGCAGGGCAUCAUCAUCUACGCCAUCGGGGUGAAAAAGUCAAACAAAACUGAGCUGGAUGAGAUUUCCGGUGACCCUAAGAGGACUUUCAAUGUCACCACUUUUGAUGCCCUGAAGACGCUCACAGAUGACAUUAUCACAGACAUCUGUUCUCCAGAAUUUUGCAAAGUCGCAUCAGGUGAUGUCAUUUUCUUAACUGACAGCUCUGAGAGUAUCUCUGAGGGAGACUUCAAGAGAAUGAAAGACUUCAUGAAAUCUGUCAUCAACAAGAUUGCGAUCGGGGAGGAUGCGGUGCAUGUUGGCCUCAUGCAGUUCAGCACCGAUUACCAAAAAGAGUUCUCCCUCAGCGAAUACUACGACAAAGAUCAAAUGUUUAAAGCCAUCAAUGACAUGCAGCAGAUGAAAGAAGGCACGCACACGGGUAAAGCCAUCACAGCGGUGUCGCAGUAUUUCGAUAAAUCGGAGGGAGGACGUCCUGAGCUGAAGCAGAGGCUGGUGGUGAUAACAGAUGGCAAAUCCAACGACAACGUCACAGAAAGCGCUAAGGAUCUGAUGGACAAGGGAGUGAUUAUCUACGCCAUCGGAGUGAUGGACGCCAACACCACCGAGCUGCGGGAGAUCAGCCACUCAGAAGACAGGGUUUAUUAUGGGAGGGACUUUGACGCGCUGAAGGACUGGGAGAGCCAGGUGGCUUUGGAGAUCUGUGAGACCGUUCCUCCUUUGGCAGUUUGCAAGGCUGACGUGGUUUUCCUACUUGAUAAGUCCAGCAGCAUCAACCCUGAAGAACACAAGGUCAUGUUGAACUUCACGGCAGGACUUGUGGAAAGCUUCAACAUAAGCAAAGAGUUUGUUCAAGUUGGAGCUGCACAAUUCAGUGAUGAUCCUAAGCAUGAGUUUUACCUCAACAAGUACUACAAGAAGGAAACUGUGAUCAAAGAAAUCCUCAAACUAAAGCACACUGGUGUAAACACCUGCCUUGGAAAGGCCUUGGGCUACAUGAAGAAUUACUUCACACCGGAACAUGGUAGCCGUAAGUCUGCUAAUAUCUCCCAGAUACUGGUGGUGUUCUCAGACGGAGAUGCUCAUGAUGAAGUGGAGGACAAAGCCAACAAUCUCAGGAAUAUGGGGGUUGAGAUUUUUGUCAUCGGUGUUGGAGAUGUCCACCUCCUGCAGCUCUUGCAGAUCACUGGAAGCCCUGUGAGAGUGUUCAAUGUGCAUCAGUUUGACAAGUUGGACAACAUCAAGAAAGACCUGGCCUCCGCCAUCUGUAAAUGUGAACAACAACAAAAAGAUGAACCACCUCAACCUACAGGUGAACCUACAUCUGAACCUAGACCUGAACCUACACCUGAACCUAGACCUGAACCUACACCUGAACCUAGACCUGAACCUACACCUGAACCCAGACCUGAACCUACACCUGAACCUAGACCUGAACCACCUGGUCCUGUAGUACACAGAAACUGCAGCAUCGAUAUCGCCAUCGGAUUUGAUAUUUCACAAAGAGCCAGAGUUCCUUGGAAGACGCUCCAUGACAACCUGCUGGCUAUUGUCAAAUACAUUUCCUCUGUGGACGGCCUGUGCUGUGUCAAGACAAAAGUCAUACCCAACAUUGCCUUCCGACUGGUAGACCGUGAUGGAAAAUCCCUGUACGACACAAACUUUGAGGUGUACAGUGAGGACGUGUUACAGAAAGUCAUGAAGAUAUCUAAACCUACUUACUUCAACACCGCCCUGCUGAACUCCUUCAAAAAGAUGUUUAAGGACAAAUCCAAAGCUCAUGUGAAGGUGCUGGUGAUCUUCUCAGACGGACUCGAUGAAGACGUGAGGAGUUUGAAGCUUCAGUCAGAACUACUGAGAAAGUCAAAAGUCAGCGCUCUGCUGACUGUGGCUCUGGAGGGAGCUCAUAACCCUGCCCAGCUGCAGACGGUUGAGUUUGGCCGAGGUUUCGACUACAACAAUCGUCUCAGCAUCACCAUGCCCAGCAUCGCCAGCACCAUCCUCACACAAAUUGUUACAGUGUCAGAAAGGGAGUGUUGCAACGUCAUGUGCAGAUGCCCGGGACACCCAGGCAUCCGUGGCUCUCAUGGCCACCCAGGGUUAAAGGGUUUGCCUGGUAGGAGGGGUAACAUUGGCUUCCUGGGAGAGGAGGGGCACGCCGGCGACCGAGGACCUCCUGGACCAGUUGGACCUCCGGGCAUCCAGGGCUGUCCUGGAACCAGAGGACAGAAGGGCAAUCCAGGAUUCUCUGGCGACAGGGGUGAGAACGGAGAAGAUGGACUGGAUGGAAUCAAUGGAGAACAGGGAGUGACAGGACUGAAUGGAAGUCGAGGAGAGCGAGGACAUCCAGGAGAGCCAGGUAUCCCAGGUGGAAGAGGAGAGGAGGGUCUGAAAGGAGAGCAAGGACUGAGAGGAAAUCCGGGAGAACCGGGCAUAACUAACAUCCAACAAGGAACCAAAGGAGAACCCGGGAACCCAGGAUUACCAGGAUCACCUGGUCUGGACGGGAGAAAAGGAGACGCCGGGGUCGAUGGAAACCCGGGUCCAGAUGGAAGAAGAGGUCCGUAUGGUGAGAAGGGUGCCCCUGGAGGACCGGGAGCUCCAGGACUCCAGGGCAGCCCAGGUACUCCUGGUCCACAGGGACGCAGUGGAGGAAACGGUGAACGUGGACCCAAAGGGAUCUCUGGCUUUCCUGGACCUCGGGGUGAAAAUGGAAAACCUGGAGGACAAGGACAAUUUGGACAUCGGGGUGCUAAUGGACAGAAGGGCCAACCAGGAGAUCCAGGUGUAAAAGGUGGUCCAGGUUCACAGGGACACAGAGGAAUGCCGGGUCAGGAUGGUGCAGAUGGUCAUGGAUUUGCAGGACCCAAAGGUUCCAAGGGAGAUCCUGGUUUUCCUGGUUACCCUGGUUCACAGGGUGAGGAGGGCCAGAAGGGAACCAAAGGAUAUCCGGGACGUGAUGGGAACCAAGGUCGAAGGGGAAACUCAGGCAGACCGGGAGAAUCAGGCACAAUUGGAGACCCGGGACAUCCAGGACACAGAGGUCGCAGAGGUCCUCCUGGAGUCAAAGGCAUGACUGAAUGUGAGCUGAUCACCUACAUCAGAGACAACUGUGCAUGCUGCCACGGUCAGUCAAAGUGUCCGGCCUACCCCACUGAGCUGGUGUUCGGCCUGGACAUGUCGAAGGACGUGGCCUUCGAGAGGCAGCGCACUGCCCUUCUUUCUCUGCUGGAGGACAUCUCCAUUGCUGAGAGCAACUGUCCGACGGGCGCCCGCGUGGCUGUGGUGGGAUACAAUGACCAAACCAAGUACCUGAUCCGUUUCCAGGACUACCGCCACAAGACUCAGCUGAAUGACUCUGUGAGAAACAUCACCCCGGAGCUCACAUCCGACCGGCACUUGGGAGCCGCCAUGCGCUUUGUAGGUCAGAACGUCUUCAAACGCUCCCGUGCAGGAGCUCUGAUGAGGAAGGUGGCAGUGUUUUUCUCCAACGGAGAGACGCAGAAUAUCAACGACAUCAUUUCCGCCGUAAUGGAGUACCGGGCCCUAAACAUCAUCCCUGUAGUCAUCUCACUGAGCGGCGAUCCUGAUGUUAGGAAAGCGAUGGAGGUUGACGACACAGGACACUCCAUCUUCAUAGAGUUGGGGAGGCCGCAGGACCAGGCUGCCAAUCUGAGAAAAGUCAAGAACUGUGCGAUCUGUUUCGACCCCUGCAGACGUACAGAGGAGUGUGCCUCCAUCCAGGAACCAGUGCGGCCUCAGGAGGUGGAUGUGGACCUGGUGAUGGUGGCGGACAGCUCCAGGCAGAUGCAGGCUGACGAAUACACUGGCAUGCAGCAGCUGUUGGGCUCUGUGGUGGAGCAGCUGGUUGUGAGUCCGCAACCCCAACGGGCCAGGAACCAGGCCCGAGUAGCUGUAGUCCAGCAGAGCGGCACUAAGGCUAAGGUGGAGUUUGGCCUGCAGGAGUACCAGAACCACCAGCUGAUGAAGAUACACCUGGUCCAGAAAAUGCAACAGCAGGGCGGCUCCUCGGUGCUGGGACAGACGCUGGAGUUCUCCCUGAAGGAGGUGCUGCUGAAGGCCAGACAGCCUCGCAGGAGGAGGGUACUGCUGACCGUGGUGGGCACCCAGACAGCUUACAAGGAUCAGGCAAAGCUGCACUACAUCUCCCAGAAGGCCAAGUGUGAGGGGGUGGCCAUGUUUGUGGUGGCGGUGGGUGGGCGCUACAACCAGACGCAGGUGGAGAAUCUGGCCAGUUUCCCUGUACAGCAGCACCUGCUCCACAUUGGGCGGCUGAAGGCUGACGAGCAGGGCUACACCCAGCGCUUCUUCAGAGUCUUCCUCUCCGCCCUCAACAAGGGAAUUAACUCGUAUCCUACUCCUUCUUUAAAACGGACCUGCAACCAGCUGCCAGACCUGACAGACGAAGACCAACUUUUCCAUAACGGUGACGGGUUGGCAGAGCUGAUGGAUGAGGAUGUGGAGGAGAGGUUUAAGGAGGAGAUGGGAGUAAUGACUUGGACCAGACAGCUGGAUGUCAUUGACACAUCAACCGGAGAAUCUGGAGUUAACCUCAACGAAACCUGUUUUCUCAAACAUGACGUCGGCGGCUGCCAGAACUACACCUUAAUGUGGUUCUUCGACAGCAAACGUGGGGAAUGCUCCCCCUUCUGGUACGGCGGCUGCAGCGGCAACAGCAACCGCUUUGAGACACAGAAGGCUUGUGAGAAGCUUUGUCUGACGAAGAGUCGAUGAGGAGGAUGUUGGACGAAGAAGAUGAGAAAAUCUUGAGAAAAAAAAAAACACAUUUUCAAGGAAAUAACCAAGGAGACUUCCCAGAUAUCUUUAAAUUUCUUAUUCACAGCUGGGCUUUUUGUCUCAAGGAGUUUCCUUUAAUUUUCUUCUUCAACAUGCAAGUUUUGUUUUUCUGGGGGAAAAAAAGCAGCUUUAUUUUUAUGAGUAUGGAGAUGUUUUUUUGUUUUUUUUUCCACUGGUGAUUUGCACUCUUUCUGUUGGAUGUUGAUUCCAGUUGCUGGAAAUGCUUCUUUCAGGACUUUUAUGAAGAGAUCAGGUGCUAUUUUUGAAAAAAGAGGAGCUGGAUAAAUCUGGAUUUAGUAGCAUUUCUGCAGCAACAAUCAAUCAUUUUAUAUUUUGUUCUGUUUCCAAUUAAAAUUCAUAUUUCACAUUACAUCAAAAGUCAGCAUUGUCUAUCAAUAUCUAUAACUGCGGAUUCAUUUUCAAAUCCUGUUAUCAAUUAGCCAGUUAGAGGGUUUUCUCCUCUCCCUGAGGUGAGGGACUAAUUGAUAUGCAGCUUGGUCUGGUUUGGUUUCAGGCUGCAGCUAAUGAUUAUUUUCAUUAUCGAUUAAUCUGUCAGUUGUUUUCUCCAUUAAUCGAUUAGUUGUU